AUGGCGCAACAGUCAAACGAAGCCGAUACAGACGCCUGGAACCCGGCAUUACGGCCCGAGAACGGACACCCCGCCGAGACUACAUCUGCAACUGAGGGGGGUUUAUCGGAUCUGAUCGCGGCAGACGACUCGCGACACAAGUCCCUGGCCGACUUGGUUUCACCGCAAAGCGAGGACUUCUCUGCAUGGGAUAUGUCGGAUGAAGUGGACGCGACUCCUGCUCAAUACUCCAACAUGGACGGACUGGUAAACAACACAUCGCCUGUUGUUGCCGAAGCCCAAUCAUCAGAUGUACCCAUCGCGGACAAGACCAGCGAACCCCAGGACACAGUUGAAUCAGUACCCGAGACAGCUACAUUGACCGAGCCUGCAGAGAUCGCCCCAGCAUCGGAAUCGCCAGAGACACACAUUGCGGAGUCCACACAUAUUGCGGAGCCUACACAGGUUGCGGAGCCCGAGUCCCCUACGCCGGAUGUACAUGCAACGGAAGUUGCCAAGGACCUCGAUGACAGCGUUCCUGUCACAGAAAGUCAAGCCACUUCCUCCGAACCAGCGCCUUCCGAUCCUAUAACUUCAACUCUUUCGUCUGAACAAGCAGUUGAGCCGGAAUCGACCCUUGUCAGGGAAUCUACACCUUCCACAGAUGAUCAAGUCUUGGAGCCAGAAUCAAAGCCGGAACAUAUUCAAGACACCAGUAUCAGCCAGCCAAGUCCCUCGAAACAGUUCUUCCCCGAAACAACGGAAGCGGACGGCGAGUCAGAUGACCCCUGGGCCUCAUUUGAGCAGCAGUUGAGCAGCACAUUGCCUUCUACCGAUGAUGGCCCUCGAAAUGAGGUCCAAGAGACGGCCUCCGAGCCCCAGCCGACACCAAGCCAAGCUCCCACCCUCAAUGAGCCCGCCUCCGCUGAGGAGGACCAGCCAAAGGCCUUGGAAGAGUCUGCAGUUGCCGAGACUCCCUCAAUUGAGGAGAGCAAUGGCGUCCCGCCGCCUACGGAUGAUUCUGCUCCAAAUGGGAUUGAACCCGAGCUGUCGUCCAUUCCACAGAAUCACCCCACCCCGGCCAAUGACACACCCCUCGACACAGCGGCGGUGGAGUUGAAGACGACCGAAGACCCACUCAGCUGGGCCGACGAGUCGAAUGGUGGAGCUGAAGCGGAGGAGGCUGACUUUUUCAAUCAAAUGAACAGCCAAACGAAACCAAUUUUCCCGGAGGCUGAAUCCAGAUUUGAAGAAGGCGUCCCACUGUUGGACGAUUCUGCCCCGGCCUCGCCUGAACAACCAUCAGAGCCCAGACAGUCUAUAGACAACGUCUUCGCCAAUGACGAUAAAGAUGAUGCCGCUGAAAGCUUCUUUGCCUCCGGAGGGCAAGCGGAGGAAAAGAACGAUGGAGAUGACUUCUUCAGUUCUUUAUCAAAGGGUCAAACCGAGGAAGAACCAAAGGCUCAACUUACUCGGAAGAGUACAACACAAGUGUUGGAAUCGGCUGGAUUCGAUAUUGAGUCCCCGGCGAGCGACAUCUCUGCUGCGGCACAAUUUGAUGACCUCCUUAAGGGCGUGUCAUCGGAACCACCCGCGGCGAAGGUGACAGAGCCAAAGGCUGAGCCUACAGAAGAAGAGCUAGCAGCACUUUGGGAAGCCGAAUUGGGUGAUUCACCGGACGACGAUCUGGCUGCGCGAUGGGAGGCAGCUCUGGAUGAUGAUGAUAUGUUGAUGGAUACGGAAGUCAACCAAGCAGCCCCUGCGCCUGCGCCAACCCAGCAGACGCCUGCAGCGCCCACAAGUGCAUUGACAUUGGGCUUAAGUAGCCCGUUCCAGACCCCUCAACCGCAGUCGCAGCCAAGACCAGUGCCCGGAGUGUACACGCCCCACCAACCGUCUACAUCGGACCUCCUUGGUGGAGUCCCAAUGCCGGGCACUGCACCACCCGCAGCCGCUGCCAUGCCAUCAUAUUUCUCACAGAAACCUGCGAAUCCAGUAGCGACCAGGGGAGAGAGCUUUGCAGAGCAGUCAAAGCAGGGGUACAAGUCUCCUUAUGACCUGCCAGAUGAUAUCUCAAGACCGCGCAAGCCCUUGGUGACCCAUAAGCCUGUUCCCCCACCAGUCAACAGCAUGCCUCCACCUCUACCAGGGUCGUCUGGUAUGCCCCCUCCAACAAGUGGGUUCCGUCCUCCUUCAGUUCCCCCUCCAGCUGCGGCUGCUCCGCCUCCUGCCCCAAAGAAUUUCUACGAAGAGCUUCCCAUGCCACCGCCACGUUCGAGGCCUGCGAGUUCAGGUCGUUAUACACCGAACCCACAGGUUGCGCCGGCCGCAAUGGCGCCCCCUAUGGCGCCCCCUAUGGCGUCCCCAAUGGCACCUCCAAUGGCAGCUCCCAUGUCUCAACAGCCCCAAAAUCCAUACGCAGCGGUUGGAUCAGUGGCUCCUCAGAGUCCAUACCAACCCACGGCAUCAGCAGCGGUUCCCCCAGCCCAAGUAGGAUAUUCACCUGCUGCACCACCGGCGGCUCAGCCGAUGGGACUUCCAGUUCCAGCCUCGCUGGAACCCCCCGAGCAGUUGGAUCCUUACGCCAGCUUGGCUUCCAGUGCACCGGGUGGUCCUCCAUCAAUUUCAAGAUACUCGCCUCAUCCACCUGGCUCGCAAGUCUCAUCUAAGCCACCUUCGUCGUCAAGAUAUUCUCCUGCGCCGCCGUCGAGCUCAGGUGGCCGCAAUAGAUAUGCAUCUCAACCGUUGAAUGUCCCCGGCCAGAACCUUCCAUUCCAGCCGCGGACAUCAAGCCCACUCGCAUACCAUGAGAAAGUAUCUUACCAGCCUGACCCGUCACACAAACCACCAACACUUGAGCCUGCGAUCAACUUGUCCCCACCCCGGAUGCAUCCAUCCGGUUCAGAGACUGCGCCAAACCCCUAUUCCCCGCAACAUGGCAGCGGGCCUAUUAACCUAGCACGAAGGGAGUCGGAGGGCUCAUUCAUUCAAGCCUCUCCACCCCAGGGGCGGUAUGCUCCCCAGGAGUAUAUCAAUGAGUUUGCUCAGCGUCUCGCACCAAGCUCUCAAUAUGCCCCCACUCCGCCGGUAGCAAAUCCUUCGCUGUCUCCGCCACCCGCCGACCCUCAGGCGGCAUUCAUCCGUAGGUCGCAAACGCAGUCGCCAGGCCGUGAGAUGUUGAGCCCACGCGCACUUGGGCCUCCCGUCGACACCAUGCAGAGACCUGCUUCGGUCCACGCUUCGGGCUCUCCAACAAAGGUUACGAAUCCAUAUGCACCCGUGCAAAUUCCUUCGCAGAACCGUGCUGUUACACAGCACCUAGAGUUCAUUGCACCCAACGAUGGCCACGAGCAAGAUCCCUUGGAGCGAUGGAAGGGUGCUCCUAUAUUCAAAUUUGGAUUUGGCGGUUCUAUGGUGUCAUGUUUCCCAAGACACACCCCUCGGUACUCAGCCGGCCAAGUGGCACCUAUGAUCAAACCCACACCUGGUGAGACGAAGAUCUCCCAGCUGAACGAAUGGCUCCCACCUGUCGAUACUAUCGUGCAGCACCCUGGGCCUCUGAAGAACAAGUCUAAGAAGAAGGACCUGGUUACGUGGCUUUCCAGUAAAAUCGCCGCAUUCGAAAAUGUUGGCGUGCCGAGCUUCGAUCAGGGUCAGACCGAUACGUCCAAGCGUCAUGACGAGAAGACUUUGCUCUGGAAGGUUGUCAAGCUUUUGGUAGAAAAUGAUGGCAAGCUUGAAGGUUCUGCUGAUAUUCAAAACUCUUUACGCCAGGCCAUCUUCCCCAACCUGCCUGCUCCAGAUGCAGAUGGCUCCUAUGGAAGUACUGUGGCUUCAACUGCAUUUGGCUCUGCAAACAUGGGCUCGCAGCCUGAUAGUUUGGACACUCAGUGGCUAGAGGAAGUCCGUCUGCACUUGAUCUCAGGUGACCGUGAGAAGGCAGUUUGGGGUGCCGUCGAUCGCCGUCUUUGGGGGCAUGCGAUGAUCAUCGCGUCCACCAUGGACAAGUCCAUUGGCAAACAAGUUGCACAAGAGUUCAUUCGUCGCGAGGUCAGGUCUAAGGGUGCCAACUCGGACUCACUUGCAGCACUUUAUGAGAUCUUUGCUGGUAACGUCGAAGAGAGUGUCGAUGAAUUGGUUCCACCUUCCGCCCGGGCUGGCUUGCGGCUGAUAAGCAAGGCUGACGGCCAAGGGGCCACCAAGAACGCCACCGAGGGCUUAGACAAAUGGAGAGACACACUGGGACUAGUUUUGAACAACCGAAGCUCCGAGGAUCCACAAGCUCUGCUUGCCCUUGGGAGGCUGCUGGCAUCUUACGGACGCACAGAGGCCGCUCAUAUCUGCUACAUCUUCUCGCGCUCUGCUGUCUUUGGUGGUCCCGACGAUGCGCAGGCUAACGUGGUACUUCUUGGAGCCGAUCCCCAGCGCUCGCCUUCGUCUCUGCUGGACGAGGAUGCGAUUCUGCUCACUGAGGCAUACGAGUAUGCUACGUCUGUCCUCGGGAAUUCCCCCGUGGCUAAUUUGCCUCACCUUUUGUCAUUCAAACUCCUCAAUGCCAAGUGUCUCGUUGAUCGAGGCCGCAACCCGGAGGCACAGGCCUAUUGUGACGCAGUUGCUUCAGCAUUGAAGGCGACCACCCGUCCUUCUCAGUAUUACCACCAACACCUCUUUGCGGAGGUUGAGGAGUUGAGUGCACGCUUGCGCCAAACUACCACUGACAGCGGUUCGUGGAUCUCUAGACCCAGCAUGGAAAAGGUGUCCGGCUCCAUGUGGGCUCGGUUCAACAGCUUUGUAGCAGGAGAUGAGAGCGACGCCGUAUCAACUGGAUCUGGCAAAGGCGAGCAAGCUGAGUUUGGUCCUUUUGCAAAUGUGGCCGGAACACCGACCAUCAGUCGCUCCCCAUCAGUGUCUGAUAUUUACGGUUCAUACCCUGGGCCCGCUGCCGGAGGACAGCCGAUCCCCCCGAGCGGUGCUUCCAAGUACCACCCGUCCAACCAAUAUGCGCCAACUGGGUCCCCCGAGCAAUUCAAGGGUCGUUCUUCAAUGGACUCCCAGCGAUCAAACCCCUACUUCCCGUCCGCUGGUCGUCGCAGCUCGCAGGAACUAUCUCCGUCGCUUGACGGACACAUGUCCUACGGGGGCCCCAUCUACGGAUCACCAAAUGCUUCCGGAUCGGGCUACCAGCCCACUCCACCAUCGUCAUCCUAUGUGCCUCUCGCUCCCGUGGAAGAAGCUUUGUCCCCUGCCGAGGCCCCCGCGGCCGCGCAGCCCACAAUCAAUGGUCUCUUCUACCAGCCGCCAGGGCAGCCUACUGCGCCCACCGAGUCACCUUAUUACCAAGGGCCUCCCGGCAUGCCAGCCGGCGGGCAGGCGCCACAAUCACCUUACGCCCCUCCUGCCGCAACAUCUUCAUACGAUCCAACCGGCACUGGGUCAGCUUAUGAACCAAUUGGCGCCAGCUCUUAUGAACCGAUUGGUGGUAGCUCUUACGAGCCUGUUACCGCAGAUCCAGCUGUGAACGAUCAGCAUGAAGACAACGAGUCCAUCACAGAAGAACAGCCUAAGAAAAAGUCGAUCAUGGACGAUGACGACGAUGAUCUUGCUGCUCGAGCGGCGGCUAUACAGAAGGCAGAGAAUGACCGCUUGGCAAAGGAGGCAUUUGCCAAGGCAGCUGAAGAAGAUGGUAUGUAUCAGGCACCCAGACAGUCACAAGGCUCACUAACGUCUUUUCUCCCAGCUAAACGCGGUUCUCAAUCUGGCAAGAAGGGGUGGUUCGGUGGCUGGUUCGGAGGCAAGAAAGAAGAAAACAACACUGGUGGCGGUCCCAUCAAAGCCAAGUUGGGCGAGGAGAGCUCGUUCUACUAUGAUAAGGAUUUGAAGAAAUGGGUCAACAAGAAAGACCCUGGUAGUGCCGCACCAGUCCGCGCUACACCACCACCUCCUCGAGGCUCUGCUCCUCCCAGCCGCACCGCGAGCUCAAGCAGCAUGCCACCAAGCGGGGCGCCCCCGAUGCCCCCGAUGCCUCCCAUGUCCGCUUCUGGGAGCCGACCCCCCUCUUCGUCUAGUGCUGCCCCUCUGUCGUCAAGCCCCGGUAUUUCCGGCCUUGCAGCACCGCCUCUCCCCCGGUCCGUCUCCACUGGCGUCUCUAUGCCGACACCACCAGGUAGCUCUAGCGGCCCACCACCACGUCCCUCGUCGACCUUGACUCAUGCCAGCUCCAUUGAUGAUUUGAUCGGAGCACCAACGGCACGCAAGGGGAACACUGUUCGCGGCAAGAAGAAGGGCCGUUACGUUGACGUGAUGGCUCAAUGA